AGCCUCAAGUUUGAGAACGUCAGCUUCCGCUACAAGCCCAACGACCCGCUCGUGCUCAAGGACCUCAACUUUGACAUUCGGUCGGGCGAGAAGAUUGGCAUCGUCGGGCGCACGGGCGCCGGCAAGAGCAGUUUGACCAUGGCGCUCUUCCGCAUCAACGAGAUUGCGUCCGGCCACAUGUACAUGGACGGCGUCGACACCAAGAGCGUCGGCCUCAAGACGCUGCGCGAGAGCAUGGCGAUCAUUCCGCAAAACCCGAUCUUGUUCAAGGGCACGCUGCGCAACUACUUGGACCCGUUCGACGACUACUCGGACGACCAGCUCUGGGACGCGCUCACAAAAGUGCGCAUGCAGACGCGCGUCUCGACCGAAGAGCUCAAGCUCGAGAGUCCGAUCGAAGAGAACGGCGAAAACUACUCGGUCGGCGAGCGCCAAAUGCUGUGCAUGGCGCGCGCGCUCCUCCGCCAGAGCAAGAUUGUGGUCAUGGACGAAGCGACGGCCGCGAUCGACCACGAGACGGACCAGAAUUUGCAGCAGGUGAUCCGGACUGCGUUCGCCAACUCGACCGUCCUCACGGUGGCCCAUCGUCUCGACACGGUGCUCGACUGCGACCGCAUCAUGGUGUUUGACCAAGGCCGCUGCGUGCAGUGCGACACGCCGCAGUCGCUCAUCGACGCCGGCGAAGGCAUCUUCUUUGAACUCUGCGACGAAGGCGGGUACCUCGACCGGAUCACGUCGCCCACGACGCCAUCGACGGCCGAGUAGAAGCUAGUGUAGUCGAUGUCGAUACGGAAUGAAGGACGAUAGAUGACGUUU